CAAAACUAAAAUUGGUUGAAAACCAGAUUUAGCUGAUGUUGCGUAGUCAAUAAAUCUAUCUACAUUACUUAAUGUGUAGUCUAAGAUAAUAUAGCUUCAGUUCUCUGGUGUAGUCGUAUCAGUGAGUUAUUGUGAGUUCAUUGAAUGUGGACGCAGACGGCGAUAAAAAAAAAACUUAAUAGGAUUAAAUAGACCAUGAAUAGACUGACAACAGCGUUGUGAUUCAUAGUUGGCUCCAGUAUCCACAAUUGUACAAUAAAAACGAGUAAGAUGUUGAAAGACUUUGAGAACAAUAAACUAAACAAUGUCAAGGACGCUAAAUUGAAUGUCCCACUUGCCAACUAAUUAAAAAUAAAAGAAUUGAAAAACAAUUUUGACACUAUCUCAAUUCGUAGAAGUUUUAACAUUAAAAAAAACAACAACUCUUUGUUUACUAGUUUUAAAUAAGUUUUAAAGUCCUAGAGUGAAAGCAUACCAUUUUGUCUGUAUUGAAAGUUACAAACGAAAAAGUGUUUAAAAAUGUGAUUCUUCACUGCUGAAAAGUGCAAUAUAUUGAUUAUUAUAUAUCUCCAAAGAACGUAGAGCUUAUCAAACGUUUAUUUGGCACACCCGGAUACACCAACAAAAACCUACCUAAUUACAGUUUUUCGCCAUAUGUGAAAAUGUCCAACUAACCGAACGAAGUGAAGAAAUGACUCUUGAGACGCUUGAAACUGGUGGGAUAGGUCAUCUUGAACUUGAUUUCACCGACAAAGUGAGAGAUGACAAGAACCCGGAUUUCCCAAGACUAACACUUCCUGUGGGACUUCCUCCAAUUCUAGACAUUAUAGAGCAGCUGGUAGAAACCUGCAUCAUUGACCCGUCCUAUCUACCUCUACAUAAGUACAUCAGUCCAAGGUUGUUACCAAGACAACACAAUUAUGACAGCUUGUUUACUCUUGACUCAAACAGUUCAAACACACUUCCCGAAUUUAGAAUAGAAAGAGAUGCAGAGAACGAAAGUCGUUUCUACGAGGUUUUAUCAAGGACAGUCUCGGCAGCAAAGGAUCAAAGUGAAACAGAGAAAGAAUUUCCCAUAAGUACAAAUGAAGCACGUGCACAAGAUUUUCAUUUAACUACCGUGCCUCCAGGUUUCCAGAAUGGUAUGACAUUUGAUGAAGAAAAGAAAGAAGAUAAACCAGCUAUGACAUUGGAUGAUCUCUCAGAUGUUAUAGUUGACAUCACAGAUCUUUUUCAUGUUGAUGUGCAAACAAGCUCUGCAGAAACUGCCUGUUCUUUUAUUGCUGAGAUUGAUGAUGCAGAUCUAUUUGGUGCAUUUGACUUGACUGAGAUUGGUGAACAGUUGAUGUCUGUAAAUGAAAGCUUAACAAAUGAGCAAAUGGACAGUUCAAUAAGUCAACAAUCCAAGAAAAAGCAAAUACAGACAUGCCUUUUGAGAAAUACGAGCUUGUCAGAACCAAAACAAUGGGCAGUGCAACUUGAUCCAAAUGAAACAUUAGACAACUUUCGAGAACGCAUACCUAACAUGGCGUUUGAGUGGCCAUUUGAGUUGGAUGUAUUCCAAAAGCAAGCCAUCUUGUGUUUAGAAGAGAACAAAAGUGUGUUGGUGGCUGCCCACACAUCAGCAGGGAAAACUGUAGUUGCAGAAUAUGCAAUAGCUUUAUCAUUAAAACAUGCCACCAGAACAAUCUACACAUCACCUGUAAAGGCUUUGUCAAAUCAGAAAUAUCGUGAGCUUACAGUUACCUUUGAUGAUGUGGGUCUGGUUACAGGAGAUAUUCAGAUCAAUGACACUGCAUCAUGCCUUAUUGUAACCACAGAGAUACUUAGAAUGAUGCUUUAUGAUGGCUCUGAAAUCCUUAGAGAGCUGGAGUGGGUUAUCAUCGAUGAAGUUCAUUAUAUUGAUGAUGCAGCCAGGGGUGUAGUGUGGGAGGAGGUACUUAUACUUCUGCCUGAUCAUGUGAAGCUUGUCCUGUUGAGUGCUACUGUACCUAACACAAUGGAACUGGCAGAAUGGGUUGGAAAGCUGAAAAAAAAUCCUGUGUAUGUAAUAACAACAAAAGAGCGUCCAGUGCCACUGACCCAUUAUCUUUAUACUGGAUACAGCACACCUUCUAGCAAGGGGCUCUUUCUGUUCUGCAAUGAACAAGGACAGUUUCUAGAUCAGGAGUAUGCCAGGGCAGUGAACAGUCUCAAAAACUAUCAAAGUAAUCUCAGUUCUAAUGAACGGGAUAAAAAUUUAUGGACAGCAAUUGUUCAGAUGCUAUACAAAGAAGACAAACUUCCUGCUGUAUCCUUUUCAUUCUCCAAGAAAAAAAUUAAUAAGAACUGUAAAUAUUUUAAGAACACUGUAUUAACAUCUCCCACUGAAAAGGCAGAGAUCAAAGUUUUUUUUACCAAGUGUAUCAACAAAUUAAAUGAUGAGGAUCGACGCUUAAAUCAGAUUCAACAGUUCAAAAACCUAUUGACUAGAGGGUUUGGUGUCCAUCAUUCUGGAAUACUACCGAUACUUAGAGAACUGGUAGAAAUCUUGUUUCAGAAAGGUCUCAUUAAGGUUCUAUUUGCAACUGAAACCUUUGCAAUGGGUGUGAAUAUGCCAGCCAAGACAGUCAUCUUUGAUGAUGUGAUCAAACAUGAUGGGAAAUCAUUUCGCCCAUUACACACUGGAGAGUAUGUUCAAAUGUCUGGUCGAGCUGGACGGCGAGGACUGGACAGUGUAGGCUCAAUCAUUAUCUUGUGUAAAGCAGAUGCACCAAACAAAGGAGAUCUACACAGAAUGGUUUUGGGCAAGCCAACCAGUCUGGAGUCACGGUUCAGAUUGAGUUACUCCAUGAUACUGCACCUGCUGAAAGUUGAACAGCUUCAGGUUCAGGACAUGAUGAAAAGAAGUUUUUCCACCUUCAACAACAAGAAGGAAUCAGCCGAGAUGAUGGAGAAGAUUAAAGUUCAAUUGUCUACCCUGAAGAAAGUGGACUGUUUCCUCUGCUCCCUAGACUUAAGUUCUUACUAUGACAGCUGUAAAGAGUUUUAUCGAUUAUUGGGCAACAUUCAGAGUGCAAUCAUUAAUCAUCCCAGUAAUCUUGUAGUUCCGGGUCGAGUCAUUAUGGUAAAGGGCCCAGGAAGUCAAGCUGUGCUGGGUGUUGUCUUGAAAAUUCUAGCCGAGAAUGCUCCACCUCAGUUUCAUACAUUGCUACUUUGUGACCCAUUCAAGGAGGAAACAGAAUCAGGUAUCCAUCCAGUACAAAUGAAUGACAACUAUCUAUAUGUACCACAAGAAGUUCAAAUGACAAUGCUUAUAGUCAAUGCUGAACAAAUUAUUAGAGUCACAAAAAAUAUUCUGCAUAUAAACUCCAGUGAAGUGAUGACUUUUAUAGAAAUAUUAAAGCUAGGCAAACGGAGAAUUAAACACAUACCUCCAUGCAUUGAAUACCUGAUUAAAAAUCUAAUGUUCCUUAGUGUUGCAAAUCCGACUGGGUUAAUAGGCUAUCAUCCCAUUCUAGAUUUGCACAUUCAGAAUAUAGAACUGGAGGAAAACUGUAAAGCUCUGACAUUACUAUUUACCUCAUUCAGUGAAAAAUUUGACUGUAUCAGAUGCCCUGAAUUUAUACAGCAUUUUUAUGCCCAUGACAGCAAUAUUAACAUACGUGAGAGACAUAAAGAGCUUCAACACUUAUUAUCAGAUGAAUACCUGACACUCUUACCUGAAUACCAACAGAUGAACACAGUUUUGAAGAAUCUGAAUUACAUCAAUGUUCAGGAGAGAGUUGAGCUAAAAGGGAGAGUUGCUUGUUACUUCUCUAAACAUGAGGUCCUGCUCACUGAGGUCAUUAUGGAAAAUGUAUUUCAGUACACCACUCCAGCAGAGACAGCAGCACUGCUGAGUUGUUUUGUCUUAGAGACAAAUAAAUGUAAACAGCCCAAGCUGUCUGGCAACUUGCUAGAGGGCAAGAAAAAAAUUCUGUCAAUAGCAAGUUAUGUUGGUAAUCAACAGAGAGAGGCUGGGAUGUUUAUUCCUGUUGAUGUUUUUGUCAACACUUUACAUUUUGGGAUGACUCAAGUUGUACACAGCUGGGCAUUAGGCAAAAGUUUCUCAGAAGUGACCCAACUGACAGACUUAGAAGAAGGUAUUAUUGUUAAAAGUAUCCAGGCGCUGCAUGAAGUUCUUCAACGAGUCCAAGAGGCUGCAGACUUUAUAGGGAACACAAUACUGUCUGAGAAAUGUAAAGUAGCUCAAACUUCUAUCAGGCGAGACAUUAUUUUUGCUGCUAGUCUUUAUAUACAAUAAUCUGUACUGGUAUCUAUACAUCUCAGGAAAUAAUGGACAAAAUGUACAAUCUUUUUGGUAGUUUAACACUAGUUACUUAGACAUGUUCUUUAAAUCUGAAAUUUGUUUUAGCAGUUUUAUUAUGGGGUAUGAGAGAAACAGAAGACACUUUUUGUAACAAUAUUUAGUUCACUUUAUGUGUGUGUCUAUUGGAGAGGUAUUUAAAAAAAGGAGAGAAAUAAUAAAAGUGUUUAAAAGGAACAUCUGAGAAAAACAAAAUGUGAAAAGCUGUUUGCUUAUGAUGACAGAAAUAUCACAAUGUUUACUCUUCAGAGUUUUUACUCAAUGAAGUAUUGAUGAAGAACAUUUCACUAUUGGUCAUUUUCUAAAAAUAUUGAGAAUUACCAAACUUUUUAUCAAUUUCUUAAUUUAGUAGAAAUUUUGCUCCAAAAAAAAAAAAAGUUAUUUUCACUAUUUUUAGACAGAAAAAUGUCAAGGCAUUGGUUUGGACUGGUCUGACUUACAUUUUUUUUAUGCCUACAUUGAAACUUGUAUUUACACGACAUAUUUUUCAAUCCAUGUUUCUGCUAGUGAGCUUUAGAUUCUUUGCAGUAUGCUAAAGAAAAGUUUCAGAAAGUUCUCAGCAACUUCAUUUCAUUACCUUACAUGCUGCUGGCUUAACUUGGUUGUUGAGGUCAUAGGGAUAGGCUCUAAGAAUUUGGAGCAAUAAAAAAAAAAUAAUACAAUGAACAGUCUGUUAAGAUGGGAAACAAUGUCUUUUGUGAAGUUAACCAAAAUAGUUAAAAUUAUUGAUGUUCAUUUUUUUUUUAAUUCAAUAAUUAUUACUAAUCUAGUAUGUCAGUUAAUUCUACAUGUUAUUUAAUAACCAAAUUACAUCUGAGAACAUUUGAUACCUCUCUUUCAAGGCAACAGGGAACAAAACAAACAUAGUCAAUAAUACAGAAUUUAGUUUCACUUCAAAAAGGACAUAAUUAGCUAAUAAUUGUUACUGUUUGAUGAAAUAUUAAUGAAGCACAAUCAAUUAUAUUCCCUCACAACAUAAACAGAUUUUUACUAAACAUUAUUCUUGGCCAAGUUACAUAUUUUUUUUUAUUUAGAUCUACAAUGAUUUUAUAUAUGGUCCUUUGUUUUAUAUUGCUUUGAAGUAAAUGUUUUUGUAUUAAUAUCAACUGUGAUUAUCAUUCUAAAGGUGGAAUGGACAAUAUUUAAUAAACUGUGAUAUUUUUUUACAAACAAAAUCUUCAUUCAUGUCAUUUAUUGUCCUUCUGUCAGUUUUCUUCACUUGGUUUAUCUUUGAUUUCACUAGGUUCCAGUGACAUAGUCCCUCAAAAGACUAACACCUAAAAAUGUAUCUUUCUUUAUUUGCACUUUUUGGUGUCACACCAGAAAGUGUUAUAGGCUCUAGUACAUUAUCACUGACAUUUGAAAUGAGACUCCACCUUAGGCUGAAACUAAAAUUGUAACUAGACUAGAAACAUUACAUGCUGUUAUGUCUGUUCCAGAAUUAAGAGUAAAAAUAUAAUACACUGAUAUAUCCUACAAUCAGUUUUAGAAACAUCACACGUUGAUGUCCUAUGAUUAGUUACAGACUAGAGAAAUAAACUAACAUGAAAUAAACAUUUUAUUUGCUACAAUCACAAUCAAAAACAUCUUGUACAUAUUAUUUCUCCCACUUCCCAUUCUCAAUCAAGUUGAAACUUUGCUCAAUAGAAAAAAAACUAACCAAUUUCAUAAUCAAUUAAAUCUAAUUAAAUAAUUUUAUUUUAUAAAGAAAAUGUACUGAGUUAAGGGGAGAUAAGCCUUGUGUAGAGAAUUAGGUCGUUUUGGAAAAAUUUUAAACUAACUAUAGAUAACUUAAAAACUUAUUUUUAUAAGUACUUCAAUAGCUCAGCAGCACACAAAGUAUUAGCCUUUUAUCAUGGAGGCUGGAUAUCUUAAGUUUGCACAAAUAAAUUAUUGGCAGUCUAGACCUAUUAAAACUUAAUUACAUGAUUGAUCAUGAGUAACAUGCAAUUUCACUUAAUACACAUGGCCAUAUACUCUAAUUUUGUUACAAAGCUUAGAUACACAGUCUCAAGUUUUGAACACGUUAUUUCUCCCAUUUUCCAUUCUAGGACCGUAACCCUACUAAUUUAUGACAACACAUUCCAAAUGGUGAUAAAAUUUACACAAUUCGUUAAUUAUUUAGUGGUUAUUAAUUUUGUUUAUAAAUAGUUUAUGAUUUUGUUUGAUUGAGAAAAUGGGAAAUGAUUCUUACUGUUUUUCUAGACAUUGUUGUAAAUUGGAGUUCUUUCCCUUAGAUACAACUUUCUUAUUUAAAAAAAUAUUUUGUUUUGUUAUAUUUUAC